GCACGAGUAAGUGAUGUCAACAGAACCACGGCAGAAGUAAGCCUGCCUUGCCUGCAAGCAAGCAUGCAACCAUCACCAUCACCAAUGUCAUGGCACAUCACAACAACGACCCAUCAGAUCACAAGCGAAUCACAGAAUCACCAUCUCCUACAUUCUCUCCCCUCCCUGAGAACCAUCACUGCACUUCCGCAACUUGGGUGGCAAUUCAUUUUUUCCAACGCACCCGACGAAUCAAGAUAGCAACUGCAAAGCAGCUGCAAGCAACGACAAGCACAAGCGCACUUACAGCAUCACCGAGCUUCACAGAGAACUCCGUCGACCAAGAAGCCCCAGCGUGCAGCAGACGCCUCAACCUGCGCUUCCACCACCACAAGGACGCACAGCAAGCACACUGCGAGACCUCCUUCCAUCGGUGAGAAUUGACAAUCAUGGACGUCCUGCGCUCCGAAAGCAAGCACCCGCAAGGCCAGGCAGGGAUGCAGCAAGACGCCGCAAAGCUGCAGAAAGAGCAGCAGGGGCGGCUGCAGCAGCGACUGACCCGUGAUGCUGAGACGCGCGCCCGCGAGUGCUACGACACCCCCGACGCGGAGCUCUUCUACUCCAACGUCUGGGGCGGCGAGAACAUCCACGUCGGCAUGUACAACACCACCAGGGACAUUGCAGAUGCCAGCCAUCGCACAAACAUGCGCCUCGCUCCCAUGCUGGAGCCGCUCGACGCGUCGAGCGCUGUGCUUGACUUGGGCUCGGGCUACGGCGGCACGGCGCGCUACCUGGCGCGCACCUACGGCUGCAAGGUCACGGGCCUGAACGUGAGCGACGUGGAGAACAAGCGUGCCGUGGCCCUGAACAAGCAGCACGGCCUACAGGACAAGGUGGAGAUCGUGCUCGGCACGUUCGAAGACGUGGACAUGCCGAAUGCUUCCUUUGAUGCCAUUUUCUCGCAGGAGGCCAUGCUGCACGCUGGCGACAAGGCCAAUGUGGUAGCAGAGGCUGCGCGCAUGCUGAAGCCUGGCGGCCGGUUUGUGUUCACGGACGUGAUGCGGAGCGACGACUGCGAUGAGUCCAAGCUUCAGCCCAUCUACGACCGCCUCCACCUGCCCUCCUUGGCCUCCCCCAGCUUCUACCGUGCGGCGGCAGCAAAGCACGGACUGGAUGAGAUUGGCUUUGAAGAAGACACCGCAAACUUCACCGCGCACUACUCCCGCGUGCGCGAGGACCUGAUUGCUCGCGAGCAGGAGCUGCGCCAGCAGAACAUCAGCGAGGCGUACCUCGACAGAAUGAAGAAUGGCCUGCUGCACUGGGUCGCUGGCGGUCGCAAUGGCCUCCUGUGCUGGGGGUUCUUCUCCUUUCGCAAGCCUGCCAAGUGAAGAAGUGAGCUCUGCUCUGCUUGGAAGUGAACGUUAGCGCGGCAAGUGUACGGAAUACUUUGAAUACUGUCCCCGCACUCGCGCAGUCCUUCAACCUGUAGAACCUGUUCAGCCCUCUCAGCGGUUGAGACAGCGUAUGCUUCUAUGCUUAUGAACGCGUGCAGCGUAAUGUUGGGAUGUCCCCCUUCAGCCCUUCUUUGUUUAUUUUUUUUUUGUUCUGUCUGCCUAUCCUACAGCCGCACAGCGCUUGUCUGGUCUGCCAGCCUUUCUAUGAGCGUUGGCCCGAGUCCGUUCACCUCCCGUUGCCUACCCUUGUUUUCCCCCUUAACCGACGACGCGUGAGCGUGUGUGUUGCUGCAUUUGCUCAUUGCUGUGCUGUUGUUCUCUUUCACUCUCUCUCGCUUUCGUUUUCGUUUCACAUAAAACCUGCAUCCUGUGCAUCAAAGGCAAUCGCGCACGGCUCUUCCCCC